AUGCUCGCCGCGCCCGCUGGCUCUGGGCCGCGCAUUUCGCAGCUUCUCCCUUCGGUUACCUGCUCCACCUGCGGCGACCAGGUCUCGCUCGACCAGCUCGCGGAUCAUGUCUGCAAGCCCCAGUCCUCGCCCGCCUCUGCUCCCGAGCCGAGCGUCUCCAAGACGUCGCUGCUCUCCCAGCGGCUGCAGGACCUGACGAACAGGCGCGAGUCGGCCGCGACGCAGUCCUCGCGCUCGAGCUACUCGACACAGCGCUCGCCCUCGCCGGUCCGAACUCCGCGCGCGCCGUCUCCUGCCUCGACCAUCCGCUCGAACCACACCUACCGCCCAGAGUCCCAGUUCUCGCGCCAUGAACGUAUACCCAGCACGUCGUCUCGCGCGCCCUCCAUCGCACGCUCGGCAUCGCCCGCCGCAUCCAUCAUUCCGCCGCCCCGCGCUCCAUCCGCCGCCUCCUACCGCUCUCGCACGCCCUCCAGCACGGCAAGCUCCGCCCAGAUGCCGCCUCCGACCCAACGUGCGCCCUCUGCAGCGUCUAAUCGCUCCCGUGCACCCUCGAAUGCGUCAGCUCGCUCUGGGAUGCCGUAUCCUGGCCCGGCGGGUAUCGCCCUUCCAUCACAGCGCAGGCCGUCGGUCGCAUCAUCCUUCCGUUCCGCUAGCUCCCCGCAAGAGGAACAGCGCAGGCCAUCCUUCAACCAAGCUCGCACCCCUCCACCGCCCGCUGGCAUCCCCCGAUCUCUCUCGCCCGCACGCGCUCCCGUGACACCGCCCAUUCCUCCGCUAUCUCCGGGAGCGCACUCUAUUUACGCCGAAGAUGACAUCGACACAAAGACGGGCGGCGAAGCGGGAAUGGCAGGCGUCGGACGUCGCGGGUUCGCCGCUGCGGCCCGCGCCGCAAUGUUCGCCACCUCCGCUGGUUCCCUGUCACCGUUUCAGGAACAGGCGCCCGGCAUGGCUGGCAGGAGAAGCAAUGCACCUCCCACCUUGGAUAUGGCUCGUGCAGGCGCGCUUCCGAUGUUACCCCCGAUUGGCGGCGCUUCCCCAUUCACGCUCUCACCGCACUCGCCGAACAGCCAACACUCGCUGUCUCCCCUGUCCCCUCACUCACCCGAAUCUCGGGCUUAUUCGCCCACAUUCACCACUUCGACUACGUUGACCAACUCGUCCACGAACACCACCCUCGUAAAUGGCUCAUCACCCACACCGACGAAUCCUUAUAGCCUGAACCUUCCCCCCCUCUUUGGCAAGCCGCUAUCUGGAGAGGCAUCUCCGAUCUCCUCCAUUCCUUUCCCGUUGAAACCUGGCGAGGGUCCCCAACGCAGCGAGCCGCUCACCCCGACAUCGCCUGGAGAUACUGCACGGGCACCGUUCUUCGAGAACAAGCCUACACCUCGCCCGCCAAAGGAACACCACGACGACAGCGAUGAGGAGUCCCUUGACGACAUGGCCCUUCGGCUCUCACAAGAGCUGGACAACCUUGCGCUUGACUUCAAGCCCUCGGGUGAUACCAUUCCCCGCUCUAGCUCGCCAUUGAGCGACGAUGAAUCGGACUAUGGCGGGCUUGCGUAUGACGCCGUCAGCGACCGCUCCUCGGUCAAAUCGCACUCUCGCACCCCAUCACGCUCAAACUCGCAACCCACGACACCGCUCUCGCUCCGCAAGCCCAGCCUGCCGUUUGAAGCUAGUGUUCCGCCUGUGCCCGCCCUUGACAUGUCCGCAGUACUCCGGUCGUCGUCGAGCACAGUUGACUUGCGCGGCCCCGCGGGUCACUCACGCACGGAAAGCCGCGACAGCUCUCGUUCGCGUGGACCCGGACACCAGCGAGGACCGAGUCGAGGCUUCGCGCCUACACUGAAUGGGCCGGAUACGGGUACAGGGCUUGUACGCCCCGACAGCCGCUCGAGUAACCGUUCAGCACCGGGCGCGCGCCCCGCUGCCGCAGUAGACCCCACCGGCGCGUGGGGUAUCGUACGCGCCAAGACCGCGACUGGUGGGGAAGUUGCGCGCGAGCAACGACAGCGUGAGGCGGCAGCCGAGCAGCCACCAACACCGCGCCGCGUCGGCACGGUGUCUGGUACUAUGGGAUCAGCACAUGUACACGAGCGCGUGCGGACACGGACAGAGAGCGGACGCAGUUCAAAGCCGAGGGAGUGCGUCAAGUGCGGGGUUACGAUCGAGGAUGGGCGGUGGGUCCGCGUUGAGAGUGGCAAGGGUGUGUUGUGCGAGAGCUGUUGGAAGGGGAUGUACUUGCCGAAGUGCAGACGGUGCGGGCUGGUCAUUGAGAAGCAGGCUGUAUCGUCUUCGGAUGGACAGUUGAAGGGCAAGUACCACCGCGAGUGCUUCAACUGCCAUACCUGCCAUAAACCAUUCCCGGACAAAUCAUUCUAUGUGUUCGACGGCAAGCCUUUCUGCGCUUACCACUACCACGAAGCCAACGACUCGCUCUGCGCCGCGCCCUUCUGUGGCGCGCCCAUUGAAGGACCUUGCGCAGUCUCGCACGCCGGCGCACGGUACCAUCCCGAGCACCUGACGUGCGAGUUCGAAGACGAGGUCGAAGACGAAGACGACUCGGAUUACUCCGACGACGACGACAUGGACCUCCACCGCAGGCUCGGCGUGCGCAAGCCCAAGACACGCACCAAGCACCGCUGCACGACCCGUCUAGACGAAUACUGGGAGGUCGAGGGCCGCAUGCUCUGCGAGCGCCACAUGCAUCGCGUGAUCGGCAACGCGUCGCGCAUGGAGCGCGCGCAGAGGCGGGUCACUCGCUUCAUCGACAUCGCGGGGCUGCGAUAG